UCACAUUGUCUUGGAUGUUUCCUUUUACACAUUUUAAUGGCAUUAACAUGCUAAUUAGAUGAGAUUUCAUGUAUUAUAUUAAAUUCAUUAUAUUUAACAUUUACUGUAUUCUUGUCCUGGACAUGGUCGCACAUCUUCAUGCGCUAAUUGGCUCAUAAAUUAUAUUUUUGCUGCUUCAAAAUGUCAGAUCCUGUGGAUAUUGACGCUAAUGAUCCGAUGGACGUCGGUCAAGGUGAGGAAGAGCUUCCUCCUUUACAGGAGGCGUCCGCUAUUGAGAUAGGUCCGCAUGAUGACAGUGGAUUGGUUGAAAAUGAGCAUUCCGUUGAUGCUGCGGAUAUAAAUCCUGCGGACCCACUAUUUCCCGACCCGUUGGAUCGUUCAAACAGCGAAGCUUUGUUUACGUUUGAUCCCAUGGUACCUCUUUUAUCUAAGGAGACUGCUGAUAAGAUGGCGUUGUACGUCACUGAAUCUCAUGGACCUCCUAUUGUUGGUGCAACAAUUGUUCGUUGUGAGGAUAACGUUGUCAAUGUUGACUUUACGUAUCCCAGUUCUUUGUUACACUUCCAGCAGCCAUUAGACACGACCGAGUUGCAUGUCAAUGAUGCCAACAAUUGGACAUCAAAGGGCAAAACGGCGAUUCAUGAACUAGAAUCAAGUUUUUAUUUGGUUCCCAGGCUCGCUCUGGGUGCCAUGAAGGACUCUUCUUUGGUUGAUUUUGUCUAUUUUACUUUGCCUACUCCAUCUGGUAAUUAUUUGUAUGGCAUUAGUUUUGUCGCUAAGUUUGAAACUAUAAAAACUAUCGGCCUACCUUUGAAUCAUGAUUCUUCUGAUGGUCCAUGUUCCCAGUGCAGGCAUUAUCCGGAUGGUGAACAUGUUGUCGAUGUUCCUAAUUUGCCUCCAGAUGCUUCUUUGGCAUAUUACCAAGGCAAGCGUCGUGUAACGUCUUUUGUAGCCAUUUGUGUAAUAACCAAGGUUCCUUUCUUUUGUUACAUUGGAUCGCGUUUGGAGUGCAUUGCUCAGACAUAUUUUCAUCAGCAAUGUUUUUCAGACCACGAUUUAUUAACAUCAUUUGUCAACCAUAUGAAUUCUACCGAGAUAGUUGAGGGUUGGAGUUAUGAAUCUUUAUACUUCAACCUCGAGUGGUACUUUAAACCGGUAUCUCUUUGUUUGAGCUACCGUGCGUUGUUAUUCACCAUCAAGUGCAUAAUGCUGGGCCGCAAAGUUGCGGUGUAUUCUCAAUCGGCUGCUCGUACUUCUACUGCCAUUUUAUCUAUCAUUUCAAUGGUCCCUGGCGCCAUUACAUUGGGCUUCAACUCUCGUAGUUUUGGUUCAAUGUGGCACUCUUGGAGGAAGUAUGCGAUGCCGUUGGAUAUUUUCAAUUCCAAGAAUUUGAUAUUCCCGUAUUUCACAAAGGAGAUGGUUUCGUUGUUAGAUGGUGUUGAAGGUUAUGUUAUUGGUAUCACUGACCAUGGUAUUAUGAUGUCUCUUGAUUCAACACCAGACUUCUUGAUUAACUUGGAGCUUAACAACGUCCAGUUGAUGAACAUAACUUUACUAGACAUGUAUCACCCAUCUCUUUAUGAGGCACAGCACUUUGAGCGUUUAAUGGAGCCUGACUAUGACACUGAGGAUGAGGAGUUGAUGAAGUCAAUGGUUGAAACAGGUGGAGCCGUGUAUAGUACCAUCAGCAGUUAUUUGGCUAUGACUCCCCAAACAUUGAUUGACAUUGGAGGUUCUUUAAAACGUAUCAUGGGUAAUACAUCGUCUAAUCGUGCGGAGAUACGAUGCAACGAAAGCGCUUUAGAUUUUCUGGACAAGAUGUAUCCCGGAUCUGUUCCCAAGUGGUUGAAAACUCGUGCGUCUAUUAAGGACAAGAAGCGUAAAAACGAGAAGAAGGCUGAGGACAGCAAGGAUGGUGCUGAGGCAGCUCCUUCAUCACCGGAUACUGAUGCUUCUACUUCUGCAGGGACUUUACCAUCUUCAUCCCCGCCUUCUCAAUCUCCAAUGCAGUCUACCGAAAAACCUUUAACAAUCCUUGAUAAGUUUGUAGAGAUGUGUUCGGAUGGUAAUUGCUAUCAUUACUUGGGGUAUGUAGAGCAUUUGCACAUAGGUCUGCCUGGAAAGGAACGUAUCCGCGAGAUUGAAUAUGCAAUUAACAACCGUGUCAAUCCCAUGCAAGAAUACUGGCUUAAGUUUCUAACUGAUGUUGCGUAUGUUUGUGGUGAGUAUCGUCUUCUUUAUCACCUAGUCAUGGACUUUAAGUUUGAUUAUGAGUCGCUAUCAGAUUGUUCUCAUCCCGUGAAAGGCACUGUCAUCAAGCGUGGCGACACCUAUUUGCGCGGCGAGCUCCCAGAAGCACACAUGGGAGAGAAUGGCAUUAUCGACUUCCUUUUGAAUGAUGGUUGCACCUGUGGAUUGCCAGAUGAGGCCAUUGAGAACUAUGAAGUGCCUACCCAGACAAUAGAUGCUGAGGAUAAACCGCUAACUAUAAGCAAGGAAAUGGCUCAGAAACCUAAGAAGCCUGCUAAGUUGCCUAAGCCGAAGGACAAACCUACUUCUCAUAUAAAGGGUGUUAUGGACCGUGUCAUUAAUCAUGUCAAGAAGGAAGCUACCCUUCUUACUAAAUCGAAAACAAAUUUUAAGAAGAUGAAGACAAAGAAGUUGAAAUCCGACCAUUUGAAUCAGUUCUUAUCAUUUUUUUCUGGGUUUGCUUAUGGGAAGCCUACGAAGUCAAAGAAACCUUCAGAAAAGCCUCCCAAGAAAUCUGCUGAAAAAAAGAAGCCGAAGAAGGUUCCUCGGCGCAAGGCUGCUGAAAAGAAACCCUUUGGCACAUUAGUAAAGAACAAACCUUCCAAGAGGUCCACUACUGAGGAUACAUCUAAGCCCGUUGAUGCGGAAGGUUACGCUUCGGAGGAUUAUGAAUAUCUAUCCGAUCGUCCUGAGGAUGAAGAUGUAGUAUCCGCCGUAUCGGAGGAUGAUGAAUAUUGUCCUACAGAGGCUGCUACGGAUGACGUAGAAUCUAUGGAUGAAGCUGCAUCUGACAAUACGUAUAUUGAAUGCGAAAGCGCUUCCGAUGAUGCUUCUAUAUAUAAUGACAUAGACGAGGAUAACGACGAUCAAACAAGCGAAUAUCAAGAUGAUUAUAAUCAAGAAGUACCCGACGAGGCUGAGCCUGACGCAUCCGAGGAGGAACCGGUGCCCAAUGAGACCUAUGAAGAAGCCGAGUCAGAGCGUGAACAAUCAGAACAAGAAGCAUCUGAGGAGGAGUAUGAGGAAAAAGUACCCGACGAGGCUGAGCCUGACGCAUCCGAUGAGGAACCGGUGCCCAAUGAGACCUAUGAUGAAGCUGAAUCAGAGCGUGAACAGUCGGAACCCGAAGAAGCAUCUGAGGAGGAGUAUGUGGAAGAAGUACCCGACGAGGCUGAGCCUGACGCAUCCGAGGAGGAACCGGUGCCCAAUGAGACCUAUGAAGAAGCCGAGUCAGAGCGUGAACAAUCAGAACAAGAAGCAUCUGAAGAAGAGUAUGAGGAAGAAGUACCCGACGAGGCUGAGCCUGAUGCCUCCGAGGAGGAACCGGUGCCCAAUGAGACCUAUGAAGAAGCCGAGUCAGAGCGUGAACAGUCAGAACCCGAAGAAGCAUCCGAAGAAGAGUAUGAGGAAGAAGUACCCGACGAGGCUGAGCCUGAUGCCUCCGAGGAGGAACCGGUGCCCAAUGAGACCUAUGAAGAAGCCGAGUCAGAGCGUGAACAAUCAGAACAAGAAGCAUCUGAGGAGGAGUAUGAGGAAGAAGUAACUGCAGAUAGGUCUGAAGAAGCAGAAGUACACAACGAGUCGUCUGAAGAAGAAGAUAUACAGGAUGAAUCUGAUGGAAGGGAACCAAUGGCUGAAGAAUCUGAUGGUGAAAAAUCAGAGCCAGAAGAAGAAACAAAAGCUGAGCCUGAAGAGACCUAUGAAGACCAAGAUGUAGCUGAAGAGACCUAUGAAGAACAGGUUGAACCUGAGGAUACCUAUGAAGCCAAGAGUGAACUUGAAGAGACCUAUGAAGAACAACCUGUAGCUGAGGAUACCUAUGAAGACCAAGCUGAGCCUGAGGAUACCUAUGAAGAACAACCUGUAGCUGAGGAUACCUAUGAAGAACAGGUUGAACCUGAAAAGUCUUAUGAAGACGAGCAGGAAUACGAACCUAUACCACAGGAAACACACGAAGAAGAAGAUGAACCAGAGCAAUUGGAUGAAUACGAAUCUGAAUCGAAAGUUCAUGAGGAUGAGGCGUCACUUGAGACUUCUAAAGCGGACGUUGAACCAAUGCAAGGCCAUGAAGAUGGCUAUGACGGUCGUGAACAGGAUGGUUAUGAUGAUGAAAUGAAGGAACAACAUGCUCAGGAACCCAUUGUUGACGAGUGGCACGAUGCUGAAACUGCUUCACAACCUGCUGUGCAAGGAGAUCUUGACACUUCUGCAUACGUGGAAGAUGACGCAGAGCGUGAUGAUCAGUUUGAAGACUAUGAAACAUCGGAUGACGAUAGCCAAGAGCCAAUUGAAUCUUCUGCAGCACCCGAAUAUGACCAAGACCAUCAGCCGGCAGAGCAACAUCCAGGCCAACUUGACGAACCACACGAUGGAGAGUCACGGAUGGAAGAAGAACCUGUAUCGCAAGAGGACACUGGAGAUGAUAAACACGCUUCAGAUGACGAAGAAAAUGUUCACGAAGCCGAGGUGGAUGGCGUGGAAGAGCGUGAAGACGCUGCCGAUGGGCGUGACGUGGAUCCAUAUAUUGACAACGAACAAACACCUGUGGACGAUGUAGAAUAUGAUGAUUUCGUGUCCCCGUCACGCCAUGAAUACCCUGAUGGUGAAUACGACAGCGUGGAUCGUGCAUACAAUGAACCUUUGGAUGUUACUGACUCUGCAACAGUAGAACCAUCUGGCGAACAACCUGCCAGCACUAUGGAAGAGGAUGUUGGUGAUAUAGAAGAAUAUGCUGACGCCGAUGAUAGACCUGUGGAGGACACUGAAGCACCUGCUUCCUCCAGUAUGCCUGUAGAUUCCGAGUACGCUGGCAAGGAUGCAGGUGAAGACGACACGGUACCUUAUGUUGAUAUAGAUAAGGUUGAGACUGAGUAUGUUGAAGAUGAUAUUCCAAGGCCGUCAUCGCAGGACGAUGCCGUAUCUCCUGAGGACCAUAGUGCUGAUACUACGGAAUCUGUUGAACCAGAAUCUCGGCCUCAAGAAGACAUUGAAGCAACAACUACUCUGCCUGGAGAAGAUGCAGGUGAACAACUCUCGUCUGAGACUAGUGCAACCCAAGAGGGGGAAUCAACAUCUCAGGAACCCGUUCGCAUGGACGCUGAGUCUGUGACUACUGCUCAGCGGGCUGAAGGCGACGUAGAUGGCGAAUUUGUUGAUGCUACAGAAUCCUUAGAAUCUUCAGUGGUUGAAGAUGGGCAAGAAACCAAUAAAACCGCCGUUCCUCCUUUGGAUACCGCAGAGCCUGGUGCGUCUGUACCUACCGAUGACAAGGAUGUUACCAAGCGUGAGGUGGAUUACGACCAUGACAGUAGUGCUUACAAUUCUGCUGAGGAGGGCUCUGACGUUGAUGAGCCAAAUAUAUUAGUUCCUUUAGAUGGUCAGGACGUCAUGACUUCUAAGCCAGGCGACCCUUUGCCUCCGGACGGUGUAGUUGCAACUGAUGGCAAAACACUAUCCCAGGAAGUCGAUCUAACAACUCAAGAUGGCAUGCAAGUUGUAGAUGAUCAAUUAUUGCCCAAGGAAGGGGACUCGUUGGUCGAGGAUGGCACAGACGCUAUUGACGGUCAACCAAUAUCUGCGGACAGCAUACAGCCUGACGAUAUCGUCCCUGCUGACAAAGUGCCAAAGAAAGUGCGCAAACCCAAGGUGCACAGGAUAGUAAUCCGUGACAUCAAGCCUGACGCCAGGAAACGUAAGCUCAAGCAAAUCAAAUAUCGCAAACCUCCUCCUCCGCCACCUGAAACACCAGCUCCUGAUGUGCCUGUUGUGAAACCUAGGAGGAAGUCAGCGCCCAUUCGGUGUCACACUAAGCGUCCUGGUGACGAGGAGCUAUCCUUUGAAGUCACUGGUAAUCUUGCUACUAGGAUUAUGGAAUUACAGAACAACCAUUCCAUUGAUUUUUUGGAGCACUGGACGAAUUCUUCAUGUGCGAAGCAGUUUAUUAACGGUCAUCAAUUGGCUACAUUCAUUGACCCUAUAUACUAUCCCAGCGGCGAGGCUGCUAAGCAGAAAUACCCCAAUGGUGAUGUCUACAUUGGUGAGAUGUCCUAUAUGCUACGUAAUGGCAAAGGUACGUACAUUACAGUUGACGGUACUGUAUAUGAGGGUGACUGGGUGCGUGGCAAGCGUCAUGGUAAGGGUACUUUGUUAUCGUCAAAGUACGGUUACAAGUACGUUGGUUCUUGGUGCGAGGACAAGCGUGACGGUCACGGUGAGCUCACUACUCCUCAUUUUGUGUACGUUGGUUCUUUUAAGAACAACAACUUCCAUGGUAAUGGUCGUUUGUCCAAUACUGGUAAGGACAGUUACGAGGGCGACUUUGUCAAUGGUAAGUACCACGGUCGUGGUCGUUUAACUCAGAAGGACGGUACUAUUAUGAUCGGUUCAUUCGAGAACAACAAGAUGUAUGGUCUGUGCAGUGUGAUAAAGCCUGACGGUCGCAUAUACGUUGGUAAUUUAUAUGGCGACGUUUUGGACGGUACUGGCACUUUGAUAUAUGACAAGUACGUUACUUUUGAGGGUGAAUGGUCUCGUGGCAUUCGCAGUGGCCAGGGUAUCGUUACCAUUAAGUUAUCGGAGUCUGUAUCCAGUGAUGCUAUAACUAUUGAAGGUAUUUGGCAUAAGGACAGUUUGGACAUGUCUGAUGUUCUUAUUAAGUUCCCCAACGGUUACAAGUACACUGGAUCAGCUUGUUUAUGUACCGAUUUGAGUGCUGUGAUGUAUGACGCUCAAUGUGAGGAAUCAGUCUCCCGUUUGAUAGAGGAGUCCUUUUUGUCAUUUACGAACCGUAUUCUUCCCCAUGGCCAUGGUAUCAUCAAGUCUUCCAAUGGGAGCACUUACAGUGGUGACAUAUUCAACGGUAUGCGUCACGGUCAAGGUAUUAUGAUGUUUUCCAAUGGGAGCACUUACAUUGGUGGCUGGGCUUACGGUUCAGUUCACGGCACUGGUGACAUGACAAUCCCUGGUGUUUCAGAACCAUUGGCUGUUGAAUUCCGUUAUGGCAACUUGGUUAAUGGGUCCGAGUAUAUAGAUAACAUUAAAGAGUGUCUCGAUGAGAUUGGUUCUCCUGGUUUUGAGAAGGAGUUUACUUUACACAACUUGGAGCCCAUCUCGGGUUUACUUAUAGCUUCGCCGUCUACGGUAUGAAACUAUGUUCUAUAUUCUCUUGGUGCCUAUACGACCUAGU